AUGGCCACUAUACGUCCCAUACCAUCAACUCCUUCAUGUUCAUCACAAUCCUCACUCCCACCAUCUUAUGCGAUCUCAGUUCAUGAUCAUGUUUUACCAAUUGGAUGGCAAUGUAAACAUGAUCCAAAGACCAAUAAAUAUUAUUUUUUCAAUGAUUAUGGUUCUGCUACUUGGGACUCUUGGAGAGGGGGACAACAAGGAUCAUGUCAAUCAUCAAGAUCAUCAUCACCAUCACAUACUUACACCAUUAGGAGUUACUAUCAGCCUUUCUCAGCUCGUUAUAAAGCAAAUGAUGCAACUGUCCAAAGAAUUGCUAAAUUGUUUCCUGAUGUUGAUGAAAAUUACAUCGCCCAAUUGUUAAGAAAGAAUGCUAAUCGUGAAUAUGUGGUCAGUAAUAUUCUAAGAACUGAAAAUUAUGCGAAAACAUAUCAAGCUCAACCUGAUGAAGCUCUUUACUAUAAAUUGAAAGGCAAAUUUCCAGCAGUUGAUCAGAAUGUAAUUAAGCAAUUACUUUGCAAGUACAAUAAUAGUGAACAUGAUGUUAUCUCUGGAAUAAUCUCAUACUUAGCUCCACAUAUUGGUCGAUAUCAAUCAUCGGGUUCGCCUAAGAUGAAAUUGCGCUAUAUUAAGAUUCUUUAUCCAGAAGUUGACGAGAUCGUUUUGUUUGAUCUUCUUUACAAUUGUGAUCAUAAUGUGACAGAUGUAAUGGAAAAAAUUGAGAAAAUGGGCUAUAAGAAAAACCCACUUCCCCAAAGGCCAAAAAAUAUAAACGCUGAUCGAUUUCGUCCGAAGACACUGACCACUCGCGAACCUAAACAAUCCGCUUUCCCACCAAAUAUAUUCAAGAAACAGCAAAUCUUUGAACAGCUCCAAACAGAUUUUCCAAACGUUGACCGAUUCCUUAUAAACAUGGCAUUGGAAAGUUCAGCUUUCAAUGAGAAGCGAUCUCGUCUAUUCCUAAGCUCGAUGACACCACAAGAUUCCGAUGAAUAUUUUCCAAAAGAUUGGUCAACUGGUCAAUCUGAUGAAAUAACCCUUCAAACUAAAUCGACCCAAACUGGUGGUCUAAUUGAAUCGACAUUUGGAACACCAAUAACCAAAAGGAAAACUGAUCCAAUCAAAACACUUAAUGUGAUGACUUGUACAGCUGAAGAUGGAAUAAUUAUCGAUAAGAAGAAGGUACCGUUAGCCAAAGGAGUUGAUGCAUCGAAUCAUAAAGGCACGAAAAUUUACAACUUGAUUAAAUCAUAUAUCCCUUGGCAUGGAGCAGAUUCCAGGAAUAAAUUAGUUCAAGAUCCAUCUAAUCGAAAAGGUUCUUCGAUAUCAAACAAAAGUAAUUCCAGUCAUAAGGCAAAAGGUCCAGAUUCGAGUAACCAAAAAGGUCCAUCACCAUCUCUCCGUCUCAAGAAACCAGUAGUAGAUGACAAGUGAUGCUUUUUUACCAAUGUCAAUGAGAUAUCUUUUAACUUAUUGACUUUUAAUAUCCAUGAAGAUAAAUGUAAUGUAUAAGCUUGAAUCAAAUUUGAUGAUGGAUAAAUAAAGGAAACUUCUUAAAUCUCUA